AUGAGUCGAAGCCCAGAAAGGAUGUCCUCCUACCGUCGCCACUUCGAGGGCGCUCUAUCUGCCUCCUCCUCUCUCAAGGUGCGCGUGUCUAGCCCGUCUCCAACGCGCCGAGACAUCCGUACUCGCUCCGCCAGCUACAACCGCAGCGGCACCAUGGGACGGAGAGCGGUGUCCGGCUCCCGCCGAGCCCACAUGACCGGUGGUGCCAGCAUGGGUGCACUUUGUGUUGGCAUGGGACUCAUGGAUCUGGAUACCGCGGUUGCUGAUAACCAGGCCUUCCUGAGCACCCGCACCAGCGAGAGGCAGGAGAUGAUCACCCUCAAUGACCGUCUGGCUAAAUAUAUUGAGAAGGUGCGCACCCUGGAGUCCCAGAACAAGCUGCUGGAGGCAGAGAUCGACGCUCUGCAGAACCGCUACACCAAGCCCUCAGGCCUGCGCAUGCUGUACGAGGAGCAGCUCCGUGAGAUGAAGAGGGUGGCCGACCAGAUGAGGGCUCAGAGGGAUCUAUCUUUUGCUGCUAAGGAUGCCAUGGCUGGUCAGUUGGAGAUGUUUAGGGUCAAGUACGAAGAGGCUGUGGAGGCCAGGAAGAAGGCUGAGAUGGAUAUUGAAGCAUUCCGUCCGGAUGUUGAUGCUGCAACAGCUGGCCGCAUUGCCCUGGAGAAACAGCUGGACAACCUGCAGCGCGAGCUGGAGUUCAUACAGAGGGUCCACAAGCAGGAAAUCGAAGAGCUGAUGGCUCAGAUCUACAGUGGCAUGUCUACAGUGGACGUGGCGUAUUCACUGCCUGACCUAGGGUCUGCGCUCAAGGACAUCCAAGCACAGUACGACAGCAUCGCCGCCAAGAACCUACAGGAAAUGGACGCUUGGUACAAGGACAAAUUCCAGGACAUGAAUAGUUCGACAUCGAGGCAUGUGCAAUCAGUGCGGGGCGUGAGAGAGGAGAUCACAGGGGUUAAGAAAGAUAUUCAGAACAAGGAGCGUGAACUGGAGGCAUUGAAAAAUAGAAAUGAGGCGCUUGAAGCUCAGAUCCGUGAGGCCCAGCUACGCCACAAGAAGGAGGAAGAGGACCUCCUUGCCAAAAUUGAGGCUCUGAAGCUGGAGCUGCGGUCCAUCAAGACCAAGAUUGCCACAAUGCUGAAAGAAUACCAGGAUCUCCUCAAUAUCAAGAUGGCCUUAGAAAUUGAGAUCACCACCUACAGGAAGUUGAUUGAAGGUGAGGACAGUCGCCUGAACACCAUGGUGCGCAGCAUGUCUCUCAUGGGCACUAAUGUGGCGGGGGGCAUGGGGGCCAGUAUGAGUGCUGCCAUGAGCGCCUCAGCGGCCGGCUUCAGCUCCAACGUGGGCGGCUCGUCCAAUGGGAUGUCUAAGACCGCGUCGUCCUCCGGUGGGGUGAUGUCGAUGUCAGCCAGCUCAGAGUUCUCCGAGAAUCAGGCGGUGGAGAUGACGGAGAGGAAGACCGUUCUGAUCAGAACAGUUAGGACCGAUGAGGAAGUGCUAAAGAGUGACACACAGGAACGCACCUUUAAAAUCUCCGGAGCAGCCGACGACCUGUAGGAAGAGGCGCCACCCCAGAGACCCCUCACCAUCCUCAUCCUCACCUCCCGCCCUCCACCCAACUUUUAACCUUUAACCUUUCUCCAUGGUGUUCUAUCCCCUACGUGUCCUUCCUCGGUGUCUGUCGGUGCGCCCCCUGCUGUACCUAACCUGUAAACCUGCUUCAUGUCCCUGUGGGUCCUCUGUUCAUAUGACACACCAACUAAAGAAAAUAAACAAACCUGCAAAUGAUUCUCAAGUCUCGAGUCCUGUUUGGUUCAAAUAAUCCAUCUUUCAGAAAAGAACUAGGAGUUGCUUUUAGAGGGAUGUGAAACAAGAGUAUAGGUUUAGGUGUGCAGGGUCACAUCUACUAAUCUACAAGGACAUUAAACAGCACCCACAUCACUGUCAGAUGAUAUGCUUCAAUCGGGACUAUUUAACAUUACUGAUCAACUGAAAGCCUGGAGUGCCUAGGACAGUCUGAAAGAAUGAAUGAAGGUGCUCCCUGGUGGGGAACAAGUCAAAGGCUUUGUUAUAGUGUGUUCAAUUCAUACAGACGAUUUAAACAAGGCCAGGUGGUGAUGAAGAAAGGUCAAAGGGGCUAUAGAUGUCAAGGCUUUGGAAAUAAUCUUUUAUUGGACAGUUUAAAUCAUUUGACCAUUCACCAUAAUCAAGAAUAUCAUUUUUAGUAAUGGCAGACUAUAAGUG